AUGGAGCUGACAAUCAUCUGGAGAUUUUUAGUUCGCGUUUGGACUAGCUUAAGUGCAUUUCUGUUUCGAAAGGCGAGGAAAGGUAUCAAGCAUGUUUCAACCGCGUUGUCUGCUGAGGAAGUCCAAAUUUCAGAACAAGCUGCUUUUUUGUGCCAGAAGUACAUCGAAGCCAGAUUUACCCGCUCAGAAUUGUGUUUUUUUAAUCCAAAGAGCCGUAAAAACGAGAGGCUCGAUUCAUCUGCCACGUGUUCCGAAGAUGUGAUCAAGACUCUUUGUGAAGUGGGUACAUUACUAGAAAAUAGCUACCCCAAGCUCUACAUAAACGUGUUGGAACAACUGAACUUUAGAAUAAAUCUUGGGAUCCUCGUCUGUCAUAUGUUCAAUCGCGUCUCGGAGAAUAUCAUUGCCUCGGGAAUCAACUGGGGACGCAUUGUAGCGGUAUACGCUUUUGCUGGUGCGCUUGCGUAUGAUUUUACUCAAGCCGGUGACACGAGAUUUAUCCGUAAUGUGUCCGGAUGGAUGGGACGAUUUUGUGCUAGGCGAUUAAGUCCUUGGAUUAGACAGAAUGGCGGAUGGGUGAGUAGGCUCGUUUUAAUAUCUAUUUCAAUCAGAUCAAACCACAUUAAGUCUUCCGGUCAUUUUUAGGAUUGUGUUUAUUCUUCUGUGGUAACUUAAAAUUGCAAUGAAAUUACUCGCGUGCGUUUAUUUGAAUUGAAUUAUUACAGAUCAGGGCCGGUUUACACUACGUUAAUUUGCAUUUCUUUGGAUUAACUGUGUACGUGUGAAGCUAGCAAAACAAUUAAAUUGUGAAAAGAAAACGCUUGAGUGGCUUUUCCGUCACUCAAGCGUGUCCUCCUUCAAACUCUCUCAUACUUCAGUAUAUUCUUAAAAGUACUCAUUGCAAUACUCGGCGAAAACUUCCUUCUUAUUUAUUUCGUGUUGUUUGCCUAGAUCACUAGUAAUAUAUCAAACGCAAAAUUCAUUUAGAAAUUAUAAUUAGAGAACUUCCCGGUAAGGUGGGGAGGCGGGGGCGGGGGAGAGGGGUUGGGUUAUUUUGUGUAACCUGAUUUUCGUUAGGUUUUAGCUUGUAGUUAACAGCUUUUUUUAAAAAAAAAACCAGAUCCUUUUGAUCGGCUCUGCCUCUUUCGAUCAAAAGGAUGUGUUACAAUUCUCCUGGACACAGACUGAGCGUGGCUUGUGAGACAGAUUUUUCUGUGCUGGGGUAUCUUAGGGCGAACAAUUGCUUUUCAGUGUUUCAUUCCUGUUGUUUUGCCUUGUUUUGAGUCGAUGGUGUGAUUUUAUUCCUUGGAGGACAUGCAUUUUUCGUAAAGAAUACGAUCAUAUCCGAAGACGUCCGAAGAUAUUCGAGGAAGCUUCGAAGAUUUCUGAAGGGAUUUGGGGCUAUGAGGGUCCUUUUGCCGUACACCUUCAUGCUCUCCUCAGUCUCCCUCUUCUUUUAUUGUGGCUAAAUACGUAUAUGAUCGCUUCCGCGAAAGAGAUAGACGCGUUAAAUAUAACCUUGUUUAAUAGUUGUAUAAAUUCUACAAAUGUACACCACUGUAAUUAUUGCACUAAAAUCUUUGUUAUCGUUGUAAGCACGUGUGUCUGUAGGCGCUCUGGUGAUUAUAAAGCACUUAUCCUAUCCUAUCCUAUCCUUUCAGACUAGCCCGGGGAGGAGGGGGGGAAACUUCGCCCAAAAGAGCCUUAGGGAUUUCUAUGGGAGAUAAGGGGCUAUCAAGCACAUUUUUUCCGGGGUUGUGAAGAAGAGAAAUCUUUUUGGCUUAGUGAUAUUGAAAAGACGGUGCAUUUAAAACAGCUCAAUAGUUAAAAGGGAUACAUCGUUUUAAACUAGUAUGUGAAAGGGGUAGGGUGUCAGUAAAACGCGGCGUCGGGGCCGGGGCCGGGAUUGGAGUCGAUCUUUUUUUUUUAAAGAAUGCUGUUUUAGGGUUAGCGUUAGGGUUAGAGACGAAUGGCUCAAAAACUCGCUCAGAUCACGUGACCCGAAACACAUCGGCCGGGCGCAAUAUUGAUGCUUAGGGACUAGGCUAGGUAAGAGGCUGUGGGCAUAAAAUUAUGUGAAACGGAUACUUCUGGUAAGGGACUGGAGCGUGCUCGUAAGCCAGUAAACAAAUUAACCAAACAAACAAAUGAGGAAACGUACAUAAAUUUUGCUUAGUUUAGGCUUUUCACCGGAAACUCAAUUAUAAAGAGGUCAAAGCACUUAUUCUAAAACUGAUAUGCUUGUUUCAAUCCCGACUUACAGGAGGGCCUCGUUUCGCAUUUCAAGGAAGAGGAGCGGUCUGUAAUGAAUUCGUUUAGCAAAUGGUUAAAACGAAAUCAACCAAGACUGAAACAGAAGCCUGGCGAGUGA